AUGAGAAGCAAUGUCCCUACAUUACCCCGAGAGAUUGAAGGUUCUAGUGACGUCUCCCACGAUGAUGGUCAAACGAUCAGUGCAGGGAACCAAAGCGCGGUCUCUUUACAAAGUCAGCCAGCGGGCCUUCCUCUUGCCAUGGAUCAACAGCAACAAACGCGAUUACCUAGCGAAAGCCACACCGCUAGAUCCGAUCCCGUAACAGUAUUGAGCGAUGCAAACAAGGGAACUCCAACUGAGUACUUCGGCGAGUCUUCGAGUUUUGAUUUCAUGGCCAAAGUCAGCUCUCCAGAGAAAGAAGCACCGACUAGACGGUCAGGGGUUCCCGCCGGGGGAUCUGCCUUGAGAGACCCCAGCGCUUCCCUCGCGAUCUCGUCUUCAUCAGUACCGGUGUUCGAGCUUUUGAGCGCCGAAUCUGAUGACCCAUUUGGUCUACCGUCGCGUCUCGUGGCUGAUCGUCUGGUGGACGCAUAUUUCAAAUACCGGCAUCCGCUGAAUCCCUAUCUGCAUGAAGGAACGUUUCGACAGAGAUAUCAACGGUUGUGGUUGAGUCAAGAUCUAGGUGGAGAGGAGGCCACACAGCAGAGCCUAGCCUGGUAUGGACUUGUCAACCUUGUAUUUGCAUUCGGAAGCGAUCAUGCCAAUGUCACCGGCCGUUCCGCUGGUGAUCGGUCCCGUUACUUCAAAAGAGCCAAGACCCUGCUCGUGGCUGGACUGUUACAAGUCAGCACCAUCGAGCUUGUCCAAGCUUUGCUGUUGAUGGGUCAGUACCUCCACGGGGCCCUCGAGCUCAAUAACUGCUGGACGGUUAUCGGACUUGCAAUACGUACAGCGCAAGGGUUAGGGCUGCACCUCGACCCUGCCACCUUCACAUCAGAUAAGAUAGAGCAAGAAGUGCGCAAGAGGGUGUGGUGGGGCUGCUUCGUUCUUGAUCGAGUCUUGAGCAUGAAGGUCGGACGACCCACGAUUCCGGACGGCCCGGGGAUCGAGGUGGGUAUGCCGCUGGCAGUCGACGACGAGUUCCUGUCCAGCGAAGAGGGUCAGUCUAUUCAACCUCAGGGUGUGCCUUCCAAGCUAGAGUACUUUAAUCAGGUCAUUCCGCAGUGCCGCUUGAUGGAAAAGAUCCUAAAGACUCUGUACAGCAGUGACGGGCCCGGAGACAACACGCAGAAAGCGAGAUCAGUAAUGGAUACUACUCAAUUCUUGGCCUUAUCGAUCCAGCUCGAUGGAGAGUUAACCACAUGGCAAGAAAAUCUCCCAAGCCAUCUCAAACCAGGAGCAGAGGGCUUGGAGUGGCACUUCGAAAGGCAGAGAAAUGUGCUGCUGAUGAGGUGGGCGCCUCUGCCUUCGGGCCCGUUCCUAUGGACUAACUAA